CAUCAAAGGUUUAUCAGUUCAGUUCUGAAGAUGCCCAGGAGCAACAGUCCCUUUUUCAAUGACACCAGCAGCUACGCAGAAUCGAUCCAGUCCAAUGGAUAUUCCAUGUUUGAUGAGGCGUCCUCGCAGUUGUCGAGUAUGUCGAGGCCCAGCGCAAAGUCAAUAUACAUGCAAAGGCAGGACUAUUCAGUAUCAGUAAACAAGAUGCUCAACAAGCGUCGGUUCAGAGUGGAGCACUUAUUCACUUGUGAUCUGGAUGGGAAGGAGAUUAGAUGUGUAGCUGACUGUGUGGAGCGGCUGAAGCUGCUGGAUGAAAUGGGUCGUGUGUGGGGUCAGAACAUGCUGAUGGAGGUGCGCGGUGCCACCUUGCUGCUCACAGACACUGAUACCAAGGAGGAGCUGGAUUCCAUUGCUCUCAGUGACAUCCAGGAGGUAAAGGCUUUGCUGGACGCUGCAGUGUUUAACUCAUUGCUCACACUGUUAGUCCAGCCCAGGGAAAGAAAACCCACACGCGUCUUCAUGUUCCAGUGUGAGGAUGUUGGGGCGGACUUUGUUCAGAGGGAACUCUCACAAGUGUUGUCUCAUAGACGAGAGGAUGCAAGCAGCAGUAAUGCAGGACUAGAGGGCAUGAAAAACCAUCAUAAGGCUGCAACUCCUGAACCCAGAACAGUGCCUCUGUGGACUUCACCUGACUAUGAGACUGAUGUCCUCGAGCCUGAAUUGGCUGUACCUCCAGACGAGGAGGAGGAGGAAGAGGAAGAGGAAGAGGCCCCUCCAUCAAGACUGGGGGUAUCAACACCGUCGCCCUUCACCACUGCACCACCAGAACGCCCAUACACAGAGCUGGACAGAAAUGUGGAUAUCUUGAAUCAUAUUGUAACUGACGUUGAAAUCUUCAUGGGACAAGUAGCUGCAGUAGCAGCAAAAAAUACAAAGAAAAAGAAGAAAAAGAAGAAAGGAAAAGCUAUGGAUGGCAUGCCGCCUGCAGGAGAAUUUGCAGCAUGCCUCCAUAAGAUCAAAAGUGGUUUCAACCUUCUGGGGGAGCUCAAUGGAAAGAUCAAUAAUCCCAGUGUCCCUGAACUUGUCCACUCCUUUUUCUCCACGUUAUCAUUCGUGGUAUCUCACAGCCCUGAUGAUCUGCCACAGACCAUUGUGGCGCCGCUGCUGACGCCUCAGUGUAUCCGCCUGCUGAGUGAAGAGGCCUCUACUGAGGAGGACAAUCUGUGGCAGUCUCUGGGAGAUGCCUGGAACAUCCCCAGUACCAAAUGGCCAGAGGAUGAUGAGGACAUCCCAACCUACACUCUGGAGUUUUCUGAUGGCUGGCAGCCUCCUGAGCUAAGGGCAGCACCCGCACCCAGAGAACCUGUGAGAAGACAGGAAGUUCAGAAACCUACAACCAGUCAGACUCCUGCCAAGAGGGCAACAACGCCUCCAUCUCAAACAGCACUGUACGCACGACCACACAAGCCACGGAAUGAGCCAAAACUGCGUCAUGUGAAGGUUACUAAUGACUUCAUCUCACGAAACCACAGAGAGCUCACCGUCAGAAAAGGAGACAUAGUUGUGCUGCUGGACACAUCGAAGCAGUGGUGGAAAGUGAGGAACAGCGGAGGAGAGGAAGGCUAUGUACCCAAUAACGUCUUGGAUGUGGAUGGCAAACAACCUGAUGAGGAAGUUGAAGGAACUCCUGUCCUGACCAGGAGGUCCAAGUCUGCAGAUGUGAAAGCCUGGCUCGAAGACAAGGGCUUCAGUAAAAUCACUGUUCGCUGUCUGGGCAUGCUGAGUGGAUCUAUGCUCCUAGGGAUGUCCAGAGAGGAACUGAAGCAAGUGUGUCCAGAGGAAGGAGGGCGAGUCUUCUACCAAUUACAAGCGGUCAAGUCUGCCUUGGCUCUUGCCAAUUAAGUGGGACCAACAAUACAGGAAGAGGACAUCAAA